UAUCAGUUUUACGUUUGUUUCAUAAAUAACAACUGUUGUUAUCUUUAAAACGGUGAUGCAAAUCAUCCGUGUCUUUUGAAAACUUGAAAAAAAAAAAUUUAAGAUGCAAAAGCCUGGACCUAGAACCGCGAAUAAUUUUAUGAGUUUUACUAUGACAUUGCCUUGUAAUAUAGCAAAGUAAUACAGCGUAAAUCCAAAUCAAAAUGUUAUUAUGACAUUUAAAGUAUGAAAUGAAUUUUAAAGAUAUAAUGCUCGUUGCAUUGAACACUUUUUUGGUCAUUGGCGGCAUCGUCGGUAACCUUUUCACUGUUCUUUUAAUAUCACAAAAAAAAAAAAUGCAAACGAUCACAAAUACCUUUGUCUUUAACUUGGCAGUUGCAGAUUUAGCAAUAUCCAUGUUUGUGUUGCCACUGACAACAGCUCGUGAGUUGGGAAUUUGGAAAGUUAAUGAGCUUGAAUGUACAAUUCUACUUCCUUUGUUAGAACACUUUGCUGGAGUUUGUGUAUUGACUCAUGCUGCGCUGAGUUUAGCUCGAUAUUAUGUUGUUUCAAAUGCAAAUAGAUCACGUGAUUUGCUUCUAUACCACGCAAUUGCAAUUGUUAUCUUUAUAUGGAUUGUUGCAUUUGUGAUCAUAUCUGUUGGGUUGAUGGGCAUAUUUGCUAAAUUUACAUUAGAAAAGAACGCUUGUAGACUAAAAUACUUAUCUGAAAAUAGAAAGCUUGUUUACAGGCUUUUUGUUUACUUGCUUACGUAUAUAAUACCAAUGCUGAGUUCUGGCUUUGCUUACUACAAAAUACACCGAACAGUUUUUAAAACUAUUAAGUUUUUAAAAGAUCAUAUGCCAAAAGAAACGCUUAAAUGUAGAAAACGCAGUUCCAGAAAGUUAGAUCGUGUUAUUUGGACAAUGUAUGUGUUCUUUGGAUUAACUACGUUACCCCUUCAAUUAUUUUAUAUAGCAAUUGAUUUGAAAUGGGUUUCAAAGUCAAUAGCUAGACCCAUGUGGACUGUUCUUCUUAGGCUGUUUUAUUUACAAAUUAUAACAAACCCUUUGGUAUUGUUUUACAUGGGGGAAGAGUACAGAAAAGAACUCUACAAACUUUCUGUAUGUUUCUGCAAACCGAAACAAGUAAGUGAGUUGUCCUUUAAGGUCAGAGGAAGUCUUAUUAUACCUAGAAAAAAAUAUGAUGGCAAAGAAACGUCAAUUCAAUAAAAAGAUUGCUUAAGAGUUUAAACAAAUAACUAUAAGCUUAGGUAAACACCAAAUAUUUUAAUUAAAAUAAACAAUAGAGGUAAACAAUUAAAUGUGUAUAAUAUUACAUAAAUAAAAUUGGAUUGAAGGUAA